CAGCGGAGCCGGGGGCCGGCGGUGAGGGCGCGGCCGGGGCCAUGGACCGCGUGAGCAGCUCCAUGAGGCAGGUGUCCAACCCGCUGCCCAAGGUGCUGGGCCGGCGGGCGGGCGGCAUGGAGGCGGAGCGGGACGGCUUCGAGCGUGCGCAGACUGUCAGCAUCAAUAAGGCCAUUAAUGCGCAGGAAGUGGCUGUCAAGGAGAAACAUGCCAGAACAUGCAUCCUGGGCACGCAUCACGAGAAGGGAGCACAGACCUUCUGGUCGGUGGUGAACCGGCUGCCGCUGUCCGGGAAUGCCGUGCUCUGCUGGAAGUUCUGCCAUGUCUUCCACAAGCUCCUCCGGGAUGGCCACUCGAAUGUCCUGAAAGACUCUCUGAGAUACAAGAAUGAGCUGAGUGACAUGAGCAGGAUGUGGGGUCACCUGAGCGAGGGCUAUGGGCAGCUCUGCAGCAUCUACCUCAAACUGCUGAGAACCAAGAUGGAGUUUCACACCAAGAAUCCUCGCUUCCCUGGCAACCUCCAGAUGUCCGACCGGCAGCUCGAUGAGGCAGGAGAGAACGAUGUCAAUAACUUUUUUCAGCUGACAGUGGAGAUGUUUGACUACCUGGAGUGUGAGCUGAACCUCUUCCAGACAGUGUUCAGUUCCCUGGACAUGUCCCGCUCGGUGUCGGUGACAGCCGCAGGUCAGUGCCGCCUGGCCCCGCUCAUCCAGGUCAUCCUGGACUGCAGCCACCUCUAUGACUACACCGUCAAGCUGCUCUUCAAACUCCAUUCCUGUCUGCCGGCAGAUACACUGCAGGGCCACCGGGAUCGGUUCCUAGAGCAGUUCAGAAAGCUGAAGGACCUUUUCUACCGCUCCAGCAACCUGCAGUACUUCAAGCGGCUGAUUCAGAUCCCACAGCUGCCGGAGAACCCCCCCAAUUUCCUGCGCGCCUCUGCACUCUCCGAGCACAUCAGCCCUGUGGUGGUCAUCCCUGCUGAGGCAUCCUCACCCGACAGUGAGCCCAUCACAGACCUGGUGGAGAUGGACACAGCCUCACAGAGCCUGUUUGACAGCAAGUUUGACGACAUCUUCGGCAGCUCUUUGGGCAAUGACCCCUUCAACUUCAACAGCCAGAACGGGAUGAACAAGGAUGACAAGGACCGCUUGAUCGAGCAGCUUUAUGGGGAGAUCGCGGCUCUGAAGGAGGAGCUGGAGAACUACAAGGCUGAGAGCGCCCGGGGCAUGAUGCAGCUCCGUGGUCGCACCAGUGAGCUGGAGGCUGAGCUGGCUGAGCAGCAGCACCUGAAGCAGCAGGCACAGGAUGAGAGCGAGUUUCUGCGCACGGAGCUGGAGGAACUGAAGAAGCAGCGGGAGGACACGGAGAAGGCACAGAGGAGCCUGACCGAGAUUGAACGGCGGGCACAGGCCAACGAGCAGCGCUACAGCAAGUUGAAGGAGAAGUACAGUGAGCUGGUGCAGAACCACGCUGACCUGCUGCGGAAGAACGCAGAGGUGACCAAGCAGGUGACAGCAGCCAGGCAGGCCCAGGGGGAUGUGGAGCGGGAGAAGAAGGAGCUGGAGGACUCCUUCCAGCGGGUGAGCGAGCAGGCUCAGAGGAAGGUGAGUAGGACUGAGCAUGGGACAUGGCAGGAUGACUGGGGGAGCUCCCAUCGGGGCUCUGGUGCCAACCUCUCUCCCUGCUGGCAGUCUCAGGAGCAGGCAGAGGUGCUGGACACUCUGAAGAGGGAGCUGGCAGCCAGCAGGCAGGAGCUGCAGGUCCUCCAGGGCACACUGGAGUCCAGCACACAGGCAAGAGCGGAGCAGAGCACCCGAAUCACCGGCCUGGAGCAGGAGAGGGACAGCCUGAGCCGGGCAGCGGAGCGGCAUGGGGAGGAGGUGGCUGCCCUGCAUGCUGAGCUGCAGCAGAUGCGGGACAGGCUUGGCCGUGAGCAGGAGAGCAGCAAGAUGGAGCUGGAGAUGUUGCAGGUCCAGCUGAGAGACAAGGAGAGCAAGGAGCAGGCUCUGCAGCAGCGUGUGGCUGAGGAGCAGUUUGCCCUGCUGCAGGGCACCGCACAGGAGGCCAAGCGGAUGGUGCAGGAUGCCCUCAGCCGUCUGGAGGAUCCUGCCCACAUGGCCUGCACUGGCUCAGCAGAUUGCCUCCUGUCCAGGACACUGGCAGCCUCUGAGUGCGUGGAGAGGCUGCAGGAUGCACACGGCAAAUACGUUUCCGACCACACAGCCAUUGGCUCCCUGCUGCCCUGCCUGGCCCUGUUUGCCCACCUCGUCAGUGACACCCUCCUGCAGGGCAGUGCGACCUCCCACCUGGCCCCAAUGGAGCCUGCUGACCGUCUGCUGGAGGCAUGCAAGCAGUGUGGCAGCGAGGCUGUGAGCUACCUCAGUGCCCUGCAGGACCCGGGCAAGGUGAAAGGUGCCGACUGCAGCCUGCUGACAACCUGCCUGAGCCGUAUCGGCACCAUUGGGCAGGAGCUGCGGCCCAGAGGGCUGGAUGUCAAGCAGGAGGAGCUGGGUGACCUGGUGGACAAGGAGAUGGCAGCAACAGCAGCGGCCAUCGAAACAGCAGCUGCCCGCAUUGAGGAGAUGCUGAGCAAGGCACGGGCUGGUGACACUGGAGUCAAACUGGAAGUGAACGAGAGGAUCCUGGGCUCCUGCACAGGCCUCAUGCAGGCCAUCCGUGUCCUGGUCCUGGCCUCCAAGGACCUCCAGAGAGAGAUUGUGGAGAGUGGACGGGGUGCAGCAUCCCCCAAGGAGUUCUAUGCCAAGAAUUCCCGCUGGACAGAGGGUCUCAUCUCCGCCUCCAAGGCUGUGGGCUGGGGUGCCACUGUCAUGGUUGAUGCUGCCGACCUGGUUGUGCAAGGCAAGGGCACCUUCGAGGAGCUGAUGGUCUGUUCACGGGAGAUUGCAGCCAGCACUGCCCAGCUCGUGGCAGCCUCCAAGGUGAAGGCAGACAAAGACAGCGCCAACCUUUGCAAGCUCCAGCAAGCCUCGCGGGGCGUCACCCAGGCCACAGCCAGCGUGGUGGCCUCCACCAAGGCUGGGAAGUCCCAGGUGGAGGAGAAAGACAGCAUGGACUUCUCCAGCAUGACACUCACCCAGAUCAAGCGUCAGGAGAUGGAUUCCCAGGUGCGGGUGCUGGAGCUGGAGAACCAGCUGCAGAAGGAGCGGCAGAAGCUGGGAGAGCUGCGCAAGAAGCAUUACGAGCUGGCAGGAGUGGCAGAGGGCUGGGAGGACGCAGCGGAUUAGCCCCAGUGGCAGAAGCAGCUGCAGGGAGCACCCCUGUGGCCAGCCAGGACACAGCUCCAUGCAGCCUUUUGGGAAGAUCCACAAUAAACUGGUGCAGAAGCCACCCCGAAGCACACGUCCUCCACAUCCCCCUGCCAGGAGCCACCGCCAGAGCACCAGGAGCUGCUGGGGCAGGAGCCAGGGCUCGCCACCGGCCGCAAACCGCACGUGUAUUUACCAGAGCUGCU